AUGUCAGGAUCUACAGAGAAAGCUGAUAGUAGCAAAAAAAAUACCAAAAGUGAAGGUGAUCAAAGUAAAAAUGUACAACAACAAGCCGGAGCAGGUGACAAAGCUAAAGAUCAAGGUAAUACGGACAAAGCGAAAAACGUGGCGGGAGAUAAGAAGAAAACAGAUGGAAAAGAAAAUAAAUCUGAUGCAAAACCUGAAGCGAAAAAAUCUGAUGGUGGAGGAGAUAAGGCCAAGGGUGCUGAAGGUGGUAAACCUGAGGCGAAAAAACCAGAUGGUGGAGGAGAUAAGGAUAAGUCUGCAGGUAAAGGUGCCGAAGGUGGCAAAUCUGAAGCCAAAAAACCUGAUGGUGGAGGAGAUAAGGCCAAGGGUGCUGAAGGUGGCAAACCUGAGGCGAAAAAACCAGAUGGUGGAGGAGAUAAGGCCAAGGGUGGUGAAGGUGGAAAAUCGGCUGGUGGUCAAGCGGCUGCUUCGGGUGGCGUCGGAAGUGGUGGAGAUGCAGAAAAAGGUGCAAAAGUUUUUAAACAAAAAUGUACUCAAUGUCACGUAAUUGAAAAAGGUGCUGGUAAUAAACAAGGUCCAAAUCUACAUGGUUUAAUUGGUCGUCAUACUGGCCAGGUACCUGGUUUUGAUUAUAGUGAGGCAAAUAAAUCAAAAGGGAUUGAAUGGUCUGAAGAAACUUUGUUUGAAUAUUUAAAAGAUCCAAAAAAAUAUAUACCAGGUACAAAAAUGAUAUUUGCUGGUAUUAAAAAAGAAGAUGAACGAAAAGAUUUGAUAGCUUUUUUAAAAGAAGCGUCAUCUAAUAUCGAUUUAUUUUUUAUUGAAUAUGAAAAUCAUCAUUUGUAUGAUGAACAAGAUCGUACAUUAUAUAGACAUAACGUUGAUCUUAAUAAUAAAGUGAAAAUGUUAGAACGACAAGUAGAAACAUUGAAAAAAUUAGAUAAUAAGCAUCACGAUCAUAAAGAGCUUUUGAAACGAGCAUUAGCCAAGCAAAUUUCAAAAGAUUUAAUGGAAAGAAAUCGUUUAUUUGCAAAAAAGAAUGAAGAAAUUCAAAAUUUAAAGAAAAAUAUCAAUGAAUUAAUGUCAAAAAGUCACAAUUUUCAUAUUGAAUUUCUUGAGUCUGCAUCAUGUCAAACUGAUAUUUAA